CCAAGUUAAGAGUUCAAUUUAACCCCCUUCUCCAACCUAAACUCGUCAUCAAUGGGUUCUGCUGAACCUCAUCAACUUCAUAUCUUCUUCUUCCCAUUCAUGGCUCAAGGCCAUUUGCUUCCAGCCAAAGACAUGGCCAGGCUAUUCGCUAGCCAUGGUGUUAAGGUGACCAUAAUCACCACUCCCCUCAACGCACCCCUCUUCUCCAACACCAUUGACCAUGGAAACCAGUUGGGUCUAGACAUCUCUAUUCAGCUCAUCCCAUUCCCUUCAGAAGAGGCAGGCUUACCCCCAGGUUGUGAGAAUGUAAGCUCCAUUCAAAAUUCAUCUGAACUGGUCCCCAAAUUCUUCAAGUCUCUAGAUUUGCUCCAAAAACCAUUAGAGGAUCUCCUUCAAGAGCAUAGACCUGAUUGCCUAGUUGCUGACAUGUUCUUCCCCUGGGCUACAGACAUCGCUGCCAAGCUUGGGAUACCCAGUCUCAUCUUUCAUGGCACUGGUUUCUUCUCUCUCUGUGCCUUGGACAGCUUGAGAAGAUAUAAACCUUUUGAGAACAUUGAAUCAGAGACCCAAACCUUCAUUGUUCCAAAUCUUCCUGACCAGAUAGAGCUGAUGAGGUCGCAGUUGCCUGUCUCUUUGAAAACACCAAGCGAGCUGUGGCAGAGAAUCAUAGAAUCAGAGGGAAAAAGCUAUGGAGUAUUAGUGAACAGCUUCUAUGAGUUGGAGCCUGCUUAUGCUGAUCACUACAGGAAAGUGAUAGGAAGGAAGGCAUGGCACAUAGGCCCUGUUUCACUUAGUAACAGAGGCAUUGCAGAUAAAGCUCAGAGGGUUAACAGAGCCAAAUCGAUUGAGGACGACGAGUGCCUGAGUUGGCUCAAUUCGAAGAAACCCAACUCGGUGCUCUUCGUGAGCUUCGGAAGCGUGGUUCGUUUCACUGCUUCUCAGCUGAUUGAGAUUGCUAUGGGGCUUGAGGCUUCUGGGUGCUCAUUCAUUUGGGUUGUUAGAGCGAAGGAUGAGGGUGAACAGAGGUGGAUGCCAGAAGGGUUUGAAGGGAAGGGUCUGAUAAUAAGGGGUUGGGCACCUCAAGUUUUGAUCUUGGACCAUCCUGCCGUGGGAGGAUUCGUGACCCAUUGUGGAUGGAAUUCGACACUUGAAAGUGUGAGUGCAGGGGUGCCUAUGAUCACUUGGCCAAUAUUUGCAGAGCAGUUCAACAACGAGAAGCUGGUGACCCAAGUACUGAGGAUUGGAGUGAGUGUAGGUGCUCAUGAAUGGAGAGUAGGUGGAUUUGUAGGAGGGGAAAGGGCAGCAGUGAAGAGAGAGGACAUAGAGAAGGCUAUUGAGCAGUUGAUGGGUGAUGGAGAAGAAGCAGAGCAGAUGAGAACUAGAGCUAUGGAGCUCAAAGAGAUGGGGAGAAGAGCUGUUGAAGCAGGAGGGUCUUCUUACAUCGACUUGACAGCUUUGAUCGAGGAGCUGAGGUUGCAUCCAAAGCCGGCAGUCUAGAAUUAAAUUCUAAAGGGUCCUGUCUGAAAAUUCUCAUAUGCAUCAGCACCAUUGGUUUUUUUAUUUUUUAUUUUUGUGGGUAAAAUAACCCUGUCCAACAGUGUGGUCUAU